GAAAAAAAAUAGUUCGACAUAUUCAGUUCGGUUUUUACCAGGCUACAAAAUCCGGACGGGCCUCAUCAUUGCAAACGCACGUGGGGCCACUUUUUGAGGCCAAAUCACAAUCAUAAACUACCAUUUUUCUUGGUUACUUAAAUAUUUCAUCAACCACCUUCCAUAAUCUUCUUUCUUUUUACCUUAAACUGCACUUCAUAUAUCUUUCCCACCACCAAAGCCAGAUUUUUAUCAUUGUCUCCUUAAAAUAAACCAACAACUUCUAGGAGGAAAGAGAACCCAUUGGCGUGAAUCUGUUAAACUGUACAUUUUGUAUGAAAAAAAGAACCAUCUUGGAAGGAUGGAUGCAGAAUGUUGGCCUUCUGAGUAUGAGUUGGAUUUAAUAAGAGAGAAAGUUGUGAAGCUCUCUGGUGGAGAUGCUAAAGAAGUUAGAUUUGUGGUGUCUCCUUACCGUAUAUGUCCACUGGGAGCUCACAUUGAUCAUCAGGGUGGAAUAGUUUCUGCUAUGACAAUCAACAAGGGUAUACUUCUUGGUUUUGUUCCUUCUGAUGAUCCUCAGGUGCUUCUCUCGUCUGGGCAGUUCGAAGGAGAAGUUAGUUUCAGAGUCGAUCAAUUGCAGCAGCCAACCUGUGCUAAUGGUUCAAAUGGUUCGAACGGUUCAAUUCAAGUAAAGGACUCAUCCAAACCAAAGGAAGAAUGUAAUUGGGGAAGCUAUGCCAGGGGUGCGGUUUACGCUCUACAAAAAAGAGGAAAUUGUCUGACAAAGGGAAUAAUUGGAUAUAUUUGUGGUUCUGAUGGUCUUGACAGCUCAGGUCUCAGUUCCUCUGCAGCUGUGGGAAUUGCUUAUUUAAUGGCAUUUGAAACUGCCAAUAAACUCAACAUAGCUCCAACUGAAAAUAUCGAGUAUGAUAGGCUGAUUGAAAAUGAAUUUUUGGGGUUGCGAAAUGGAAUAUUGGAUCAAUCAGCUAUUUUGCUAUCAAGCUAUGGUUGCUUAACUUGUAUGAACUGCAAGACCAAAGACCACAAGCUUGUACAUUCUCCAAAUCUGCACAAAGGCCAUAAAACUAAUGUGAAGAAUGCAUACAAGAUACUACUUGCUUUUUCAGGCUUAAAGCAGGCUUUGACUACUAAUCCAGGAUAUAACCGCCGAGUUGCUGAAUGCCAAGAGGCUGCACGGAUUCUAUUGGAGGCUUCUGGGAAUGAAGGAAUGGAACCACUGCUAUCCAAUGUGGAAUCACAAACAUAUGAGGCCCAUAAGAACGUAUUGGAACCAAAUCUAGCAAAAAGGGCAGAGCACUAUUUUUCAGAAAACAGUCGUGUUAUUAAAGGACUUGAGGCAUGGGCUUCUGGGGAUCUGAAAGAUUUUGGAAGGCUUAUCACAGAGUCUGGUCUGAGUUCAAUUAGAAAUUAUGAAAGUGGUUGUGAACCUCUUAUACAACUGUACGAAAUACUAGUGAAGGCUCCCGGUGUCUUUGGAGCGCGCUUUAGCGGUGCUGGUUUUCGGGGAUGCUGCAUUGCAUUCGUUGAUGCAGACUCUGCAACGGAAGCAGCAUCGUUUGUUAAGAAUGAAUAUGCCAAACUCCAGCCACAUUUGGCCAGCCAAAUCAACCAAGACAGGGCAGUCAUAAUCUGCGACGCCGGUGACUGUGCUAGGGUUAUCUAAAUUACCACUUGUUUGUAUUUUUUCCGUCAUUCAUUUGAUUCAUUUACUUCCAUUCUUUGCGCCGAGAGAACAUUUACACGGUAUGAUGCUGUAUAUCUUACUAUAUUAGAAACAAAAACCACACUUAAAGAAAGCACCACCAUUUGCCAUGUAGUAUUUCCACAUCAUAUUUUUAAAAUAAAUCUUUAUUUUCACAUUUCCUA